AUGUCAGGAUCAGCCCCAGAGGAGCCUCAGACCUCUAUUCCUCAAAGCACAGCUAGUGUUCCUGAUCCUGCUCCGGUUGCUGUUGGACCUGGAGGCUCAAGUGAAGUUUCCUUUGGUGAGCAAAAUCUUAGCUUCACCACCACGGACGUCAGCCUGGUGGAGAUGAUGGAAAUUGAGUAUACCCAGCUGCAGCACAUACUUUACUCACAUGUGGAGGCACAAGCUAGUGAAGGUGAAGUGGAAGCUAGGCUCAAUUCUUUCUCCUUGCCUGGUAAUUCUGCAGACCCCCCUCUGCACCAAACCUCAUUGUACACCAGUCAGGAGGGGAGUUCAUCAAACUGCUCUAGGAACCAGUCAGUUUACCCAGUUACCUGUCAGUCAGGGUUACCUUCUGACAGCAGUUCGCUAAGUUCAAACCCACAUUUGGGCUACACUGACUUUCAGGAGCUCAGAAUGAUGUUACUUAGCGAGUCUAACCUCCCUUUGAACCAAACAGAUAAAACGCCUAACAGUAGCUCUGUAGAAGUCCCAGGACACAGUUUAGUAAAAGUUAAAUAUGGUGAAAAUUUUGCUGGGAUGAAUAAAGAAAACAUACUUGUUGAAAAUUCGGCACUGGCACCAGAGCCUAGAUCUAAAUCUGCAGUCAGAGUUCGGUUGGAAGACAGAUUCAACAGCAUCCAGACAGAAAACCCCAGAUGUCAAGAACCCCAAGAAUCUGGAGUAACUCUUAACAAUUUAGUAACGUUGAUUCGACAGCCGUCAGAACUGAUAGGUGUUCCUCUUCAUCAGCAAGCAAACAAGUGUGCUGCAUUAGGGAAAAAUAAGACUGCACCUGCCCCGCCUUCUUUACAGUUCACAUACCCGUUAUUUACUAUGAAUGCAUGUUCUACUGCUGGAAGUGCUAAUCCUUCACAGGCACAGACCUCCGGAACAUCUUGCACUGUUUUGGAAGCUGCCAAACAUCAAGACCUUGGGAUACCCAAGACAUUGUCUUUCUGUUAUCAGGAAAUUGAAUCCACAAAACAGACAGUAGAUGCUAUGAAUAAAGCUUUGCCUGAGGAAGUUUGGAUUAAAGUUGGAGAUACCUUAUGCAAGCAAGCGAUAAGCAGAAGAAGUUGCAGCCGAAUAAGCCCAUUGGAUCCAAACACAGAUCGCAAACCUCUUGGUGAAAUUCAAAAUAUGCGUGAUGAUAGCCAGAGUACUGCAUCUGCCCAGGGUCGCUGGCAGUCAGCACAGUCAAAUUCAAGUAUGCAGGUGCAAAGUGGUACACAGGAUGGAAUCGCUCAGCGAAGAGAAAGACAUAACCGCAUGGAGAGAGACAGAAGGCGCAGAAUCCGGAUUUGUUGUGAUGAGCUGAAUCUUCUGGUUCCAUUCUGUACUGUUGAUACUGAUAAGGCAACAACUUUACAAUGGACAACUGCAUUUCUGAAGUACAUUCGGGAAAGGCAUGGUGAUUCUCUGAAACAGGAAUUUGAGAGUGUGUUCUGUGGUAAAACAGGCAGGAGACUAAAAAUAGCAAGAUCAGACUCAUUUGUAACAUGCCCAGUGCAGGAAAACCGCAUGGCUAUGGAGACCAAGUAG